AGACACUGGCGAGGGUGUUUGCGGUAAAAGAGCAGUUUUUUUCGAUAGGCGGUGCUCUACCACCUUUCACAGCGUCCUGGAACUUCAAAUGCAUCCGUGACCGCUCGCAAGUUGCGGCCGGGAAUUCUUGAAGGCUUGCGAUCUCGCCUAUCGUCACGGGUGUGACAUCUGUUUCUUUCCCAAUUACUGUGACACUUGCUUCUGGAUUAUCACACACAUUACAUGUGUGUCACAAAAUGGCAUCCGUUGCUCGCUGUGUGGUCCCGGUUCCGUCCGACCUUGUUCCUCGGAGGGAAAUGCAACCCACACAGGGAUGGAGAGUGAAGCGGGCCUUUCCACUUAUUUCUGGGGUUGGCCUCACGCUUGUUUUUAUUCAAAUUGCGUCUGGUUUGUUCAACGCCGCGCCUGUCAUUGUGAUUGCCGGAGCCGAAGGCCAGACUUCCACUACUCUGGCAUGUGCUGAAGAUGCUCAACACAGCAAGAUCAGCUGUACCUGCACACCUGGCACUGUUGAAAAACGUACUCCCGCUACUGCAGUCACACACGAAGUAACCGUGUCGGGAAACAAAAGUGAAUUACAGCUGGAGUGCAAGACCAAUUUCAAUUUUGUACCGAAAGAUGACACGGGCAAGAAAGUCUGUCCACCAGGCAAGGAAAUCUGCGAUUGCAAAAAUGAAAGCCACUGUGUUCCUAUCGAUCCGUUCUUCACUGGUACCACUACCACUCUUGCCUGGAAGAGAGUAGGCACAUCCAAGAGGGAGAAUUCAGACACGAAGUCACUCACUAUACCAGCAGAAAACUUCCCGUAUGUCGAUGGAAAGUUCCUUGUGGGUUGCACGGGGUCCAGUGAGUCUCCUGCCCCAUGCGCAUUGACUGUGAACAUCGAGGCGAGAGCAUCUGUGACGAAUGAUCAUACUGUCACAUGCGCCUACGGAAACAAGAGUAACAAAGAACAUCAAGCUAUCACUAUCAAACCAUCGCAGAACAGCUUCACCCUGGUGUGCGGUGACAAGGGAGAAAUUCUGCCGAAAAACUACGUUACAACUUACUGCGCUACCCAAGCUGGACAGCACGCCAGCGACGAUUGCAAAGGGGAUUACAAGUCAAUUCUCCCUGCCUACACAGAGAAAUGGUGGAAGGAAAACCCCACUGGGUCCUUUGUUUUCGAGAUUCCGCCCGGUGACUUCCCGGAAGUGCCGGUAAAUCUUACGUUGAGCUGUCAACAAAAAACAACACGUCAAUCUUCAAUUCGAGACACGGACAGCAAUGCAUCAGACAAACCCAGCGUCUGCACUGUUGAUGUGACGAUUGAGAAUGGACCGAAUUCGUCUGCGUCGGCCACGGGAUUUUUGUCCCUGACUAUGGGAAGUUUCGCGGCAGUUACUGCGUUGACAUACACUGCUUGAGUUUUGCCCGUGUCGGUCGUCAGGAGGUGUGCGCAAAACUGUGUGAGGUGCUCUUGAGCGUGAUUCACUCCGACUCGCAGGUACGCAGUCCAUGGCACGGACACGUAUUUCUACGUCGGGGAGCUGCUAAGUCGUUUCUCGUUUCCUAUCGAAAUGGCCUUCUGCUUUGUCCAGUCUGCAAGCAUGGGGGCUGGUGAUUCGCAGGAUCGGACUAAUGCCACAAGAUUGACAAAUGGUUGCACCUGGCCGCUUCCAUCAGUGAUACACCACGUCGAACACUACCUUGCAACCUUAGCAGUUGGAACAAACAAGUUGUACUUCACUUUCGCCUGGAAAAGGGUAAAGAACCCGGGUAAUGUAAAAGAAGCGAUCUCAUGAGUGUGCUUCAACGCUCUUUCUCCCCGUUAUCUGCUCUACAUUGAGCAGCUUUAGGCUGUCGCAUGCUAGAACCGCAGAAAAACCAGGGCACCGCAGAGGAAUGGUGGCUGUGUUCCUUGUACACAUCCAGUGCAACUGUUACAUUGUUGCUGGAGGAAGAGUUAUUAAAAGCAUACAACGGAAUAUAAAAGAUUUCCAAACAUGCCAGCUAGGAGCACCUGCUUGUUGAC